AAAUGGCGUCAUUCACAUCACCCGACAUCGAUGAGAAGCUUGCAAUUCUUCACAGAGAAAUGGCAUCUCUACGUGUCGAAUGUGACCGUCUUCUCAACAAACAUCUCAUCGUUGAGCACACUCUUUCACAGAGUUGCUCUGGUUGGCCGAACGGAGCUGCUGAUACUUCUUCAGCGUACAAUACGGGUGGUGAAUCUUGUAGAAGUGUGUCAGUGACGCCCGAUGGUGUUUUUAUACCCACAACCAGUAAUUCUCAAAUGAUCCAGUCACAACCAUCUCCACGAGUUCUCCGUCGAACUGUUAAGAUGGCAAGUCCAGCAGUUCAACGACGUUUAGUUCCACAAAAUCUUCCAACAUCAUCUUCAUCUCGACCUCCAACAGUUCUACUUCCUCAUGACAGUCCUGAACAACCCAGUCGACCAAUUCACAGAAUGCAUCAGGAACUUCCGAUUCCAGAAGAUGUUGUGUCAAUGGUGUCAUCAAAUAAAACUCAGAGAUCUAUUAUCCGGGCUCCAUCUGCCGUUUUUGGAGCAUUAAAAGGAAGCAGUUUGAGGAAAUUAUCAAUUUCUCGAAAUAUUCAAAUGACUACUAAAGUCAAUAAAGAAGAAAGUGAUCGAAAAGAGAAAGAAGCUGAAGAAUACGCGAAAAGAUUCCGAAUUCCAUCGUAUUCAGUUGUAUUGAAAGAAGAAAAACGAAAAAGUUCUUUCCGAAUUCCAGUUCCGCAUUACUUUCGAUCCUCAAAAGCGAAAUCAAAAGUAUAUCAAGUUGAUGCUCCAGAUGAAGAAAUUGAAGAAGUUAUUGAUGAAGAGAAAAUGGCUGCAAAGACUGAUUUGGGAGACACAACUGUUCAUUACAAAUGGAAAGUUAAACGAAGAUGUGAUGGAUCAAGAUAUAUUGUCAAAAGACCAAUUCGAAGUCAAAUUUUGAAAAAAAGAGAAGCACAGGUGUAUCGUGAACGAGCACCAAUUUCAACCGAUGAUGAUGCAAUGAGCGAAUUAAAGCUUGGAAGGUAUCACACGAAGGAAGAAAGAAAAAGGAUAUUGGAAAGAGAGAACACGAAAAAAAUGUUGAAGCUUCAGCAAAAAAUGAUGGAAAAGGCACAUCCGUCGGAGCAGGUAAUAUAUCAAAUGUCACAACAAAAGCUUGCUCGCCAAAAAGACGCAAUGGUAAUGGAUGAAUUUGUAACAACAAGAGAAGUACUUUCAAGUCGAACACGCCCAGAUGGUAUUCAUGGAGUUGUUUCAGUCACAACCGUAUAAACAUUCAUAUUUUCUCAUAUCUUCUCGAAAAGCCUACUUCACAAAAUUACGGAUAAAUUCUUAUUUUAAUU